GCUUGUUGUUCUUGUGCUCAUUUCCAGUGCUUUGACUUUCACUAUUCCCCCGCAGGGAAGGAAUAAAUUGUUUUGAGGGCUUGUAAAAAAUGGAGGUGCAGAUGUUGUUGUAAACUUCAAGAUCCAGCCCAUGUCCGAUCUACAGUCGUAACCAGCAGCAACUGGGCGUCUCUCUGCACCAACAGCUGCAGCACCAGCGCUCGGACGCCCGCAAUGACCUUCUCUACUCAACCAACUGCCACGGGGGACAGACCACACAUCGGACUCACUCCAGGGGCUCGCCUCGCUCGGCCUCCAGUCACGUGAACAUGGAGUCCGCUGUCCAGAUGGAACGAGACCUGACAUUUCAAAGAGAUGUCCAAGCGGGCAAAGCCCAAAAGUACGCAAGACCUAUUCUUCCUAAGGAAAUGACGUCACACGACUUUGUCAAAUCCUGGCUACAGCACGGCUCCGAGCCCAAGCCUCAGGUGGCCAGUCAUUUCCCAGAUAUAAUAACAAAGAAGGAAGCCAAUGCGGUGACUGCUGAGAAAAAACCCCCUAGGAAAAACGCCGCCAAAAAACCAACAGUACAGAGCACGUCGCCACAACAACACGUAUCCAAACGCCGUCGGUCAAAGGAUCCUCAAGUCAGCGAAUAGACUUUACCAAGUUGGUAAAACGAGGAAUUCGAGUCUGGAGUUCGAGCUUCGUUUAUCUGAUUCACAUGCUUGAUAUACGAAGCCAGUUAUUCCGCUUAACUUUAAAACGGAACGGUCACCUCAUUUCAUUGCUUAGUGUGCCCAUUGGCAGACUUGUAUGUUUUCUUUAGCAGAGACAAGCAUCUGAGACGCACACAUGCAUCUCGUAGUUCGCAAAAAAACCCAACAACAACUCACUUUGGGUGAACUAUCAGAAUGAAGUAGACUUCGGGGUGACUUGGCGGUUUACACGUUGGAAACAAACGAGUUCACGGAACAACACACAGAUGUUGUAAUAAUUAUUACAUUCCACGUCUGAGAUCGCCCUGAACAGUGACAAGUGGAGGGAUUUUUUGGCGGCGUACACCCAAUAACAGGGUGAAACAGGCAAUAAAUGAUGAUGAUGAUGAUAUUUCACUUUUACGCGAUGUGGCAAUAUUAUGAUUACCCCUGAAAACACUGUGCUCGAGCCCAAUGCUGCAAGAACUCCAUGCAUGCACCGACCACAUAACAUUGUAUGACGCACUGACAUCUAUGGUAUAGCAGUUAACCUCCACAGAAAAUACGAGUUUCAUUCCAGAGUAGGGAGGUAUCUUUAAAAAAAAAAAAAUCGAGGAUCUGGCAAUCUGCCUGCUGGGACUGGUAUAUUUUUCACUCCCACUCAGCCCUGGGUGGUCGGUGGCUGGCAGGACUAUCUACAUUGUGUCGAUGGAGGCAUCAUAAAACGUAAAGACUUACUCUUCUUGUUCUUUCCAUGAAGCAGCCCGCAUGGGUCCACGUCUCAGACUAUCUGAACUGUGUCGAUGGGGGCAUAAAACACAUAGACUUACUCUUCUUGUACAUUAAAAGGUGGUUGAGCUAGACGCCUGUGGCUUGUCAAGACAUUACAUGUAGCCUACUAAUGCAUGUAUUACUAAUAAUAUGUGUGGUAGUUGAUUUCCCAUCAUCAUUGUGGCCUAUGGAGAAGUUUGAAACCGUGCCACUUGACGGUGCAACUCUAUUACAAU